AUGAGUUAUUUCCUUCGAACAUCUGCGAGCUUGAUGAGAAGUGUUCUCGUUCAAAAUGGAGGAAACACAUGUCUACGAAUCACUACACAGUUGCAUGAUAUCCCAAUACAGAUCCGAUUCAGCGGGGUUCGUCACGUUGGUGGCAACCAUGGAGGGAGGCAACAGCAUAUAAACACUGCGCCGAUAGAAUUCACUCCAAAUUUUGGAUAUGGUGAUAGAGCCCCUAGUUGCGACAAAAAAGUAAGAGCUACUGCCAUAAAGACCCUAAGAUGCACAGACGACAUUUCCAAUUUAUCUGGAAGUGGAACACCUGCCGAUCCAAGUGCGCAAUUGCCAUUCAGGGUCAAACUUGUGGACCCAGGGGAAAGAAAAUCGAGGAGAUCAUCCCAUGCAACCAGCCAAGCGCUGGAUUUCAAGACUUUAAAGAAGAAAAUAAUCAUCCCAUAUCUACAAUUAACCAAGCCCCGACUCACCAUUCUGGUAAUGCUCAGCGCUAUCUGUUCUUACGCCCUGUCCCCAUAUCCAGCUUCGAUCAGUGAGCUGCUGUGUCUGACAAUUGGAACCACGUUGUGUUCUGGCUCUGCAAAUGCUAUAAAUAUGGGUAGAGAACCGGAUUUUGACAGGCAGAUGGUAAGAACUCAGGCGAGACCGGUUGUGAGAGGUGAUGUUACUCCCACCCAGGCAUUCGAGUUUGCCGCGCUUAUCGGGACACUGGGUGUCUCUGCCUUAUACUUCGGUGUUAAUCCUACUGUUGCUGUUCUUGGUGCUUCCAAUAUUGCGUUAUAUGGCUGGGCCUAUACGUCUAUGAAAAGGAAGCAUAUCAUCAAUACAUGGCUAGGUGCCCUGGUCGGAACAAUUCCUCCGCUUAUGGGAUGGGCAGCUGCAAGUCCUCUUUCACACCCGGGGUCUUGGUGCCUUGCCGGGCUCUUGUUUGCUUGGCAAUUCCCGCACUUUAAUACUUUAAGUCAUAACAUUCGAAAUGAAUACAAAAAUGCUGGAUAUGUUAUGACUGCUUGGAAAAAUCCGCUUUUGAAUGCCCGUGUCUCAUUGAGGUAUUCCAUGCUAAUGUUUCCCCUUUGUUUUGGGUUGUCCUACUUCAACAUUACAGAUUGGUAUUAUCAAAUAGAUGCCGGACUUAUAAAUGCAUGGUUAACGUUUUGGGCAUUUAAGUUUUAUUGGCAACAAAGAAUAAAUUACUCCGCAAAGACAUUGAAAGAUAACGUUAAGUUUAACAAAGGCUUGAGUGUAGCCAACAUAUAUGCGAGGAAAACGUUUAUGGCCAGUGUACUACAUCUACCGGCAAUUUUAAUACUUGCUAUUAUACAUAAGAAGGGUCGCUGGGAUUGGAUCUAUCCUGGCGAGGCAAAGCGACCACAGGAACGCUUUUAG